AUGAAACUAAUAUUAUUUUUAUGCAUUUUAUUUAUUAGUAAUUAUGUUUAUGCCGAUUUUGAUUUUGGUAAAGUGGUUUCUGUUAGAAAAGGUGAUGAUAUAGUAAGAAGCUACUCUUAUUUUGGAAAUGAAAAUGGUUUCUUGUUAUCUGGUGGCUCAGUCAAUGGUACUAUUUCAAAAAACAAUGGUAGUGCAGAAUUUGAUACAUCAGUAUUUAGAUUCGAUGCCGGUAAUAUUAUUGGAUAUCCAUCUUAUAGUUGGUUUUAUCUUCAUGGCCAUGCCUCUGUUGGACAAAACAAUGCAAGCUUGGGUGCUGCCUCUCUUUCAUCCGUUUUUAUUCCAACCUUUAUCGUAGAGUAUGUUGACAAUGGAAACAAAGAAGGUUUACAAAUUGACGAGGACGAACUUGUUGGUUAUGUUAACCUUGGAGCUUUAAAAUACAAAACUGAAAAAACCCAAGAAACCUUAACUGACAGCGAUGGUAAAAACUAUACUGUUUUCCAUGUAACUGCCACUAGUACUACUGGUUUAGUUCAAUUUAACUUUACCAUUUCUGACCAUCCAUCCCAAAUUAAUGGUUCCACUACCAUCUCUGCUGAACAAUCUAAAAUUGAUAUUGCUAUCAAUGGAUACUAUGACGAAACUAAGAACCCAGUUGACAAAAGCUUAAAAUGCAGUAUCUUGACAAUGUUGGAUAGAAAAUGUAUUAGCACCGGCCCAUCCGAUAAAAACUCUACUCUUGCCCUUCUUUCAUUCUAUGCAGUUGACAAAUUUAGUAUGGAAUACGAACACAAUCAUAACCACGGCCACAACAGCAAUAGUAACGACAGUAGCAACGACGACAGUGAACAUAAUGAUGAUAGUGGCGAUGAUGAAAUUAAAGUUGAAAACGAAGAUGAACAAGGUUUUACUGCUUCAUUCCAAUGGGUUGGAACCGCAGAGGCCUCUUUCAAUGGUACCGAUGGUGAAGCUACUAUUAGAUGUUCCGUUCAUUCAAAUGUAACUGAUGACGACCACGGUAAAUUUGGUUCUGACUCUAUCUCUGGAAUUAUUAAAGGCAAAUCUUCCCACAAAUUUAUUAUUUUCUCUUUCUUGAAUGCUACCCGUCCAUCAAGUGUUAUCUGGGAUCCAAUCAUUGGCGCCAACUCCAUUAGCAACGGUACCAACAACAGUACAUCAAGCACCGAUAGUGAUGGUAGUGAUGCCACCAAAAAUGCAAUUCCUCUUUCAUUUGCUUUAUUAUUUAUGAUCUUAUCAUUAUUAUUAUAAAAAAUAAAAUUUAUUAUUUUUUUAAAUUACUGUA